AUGAAGGCCCUAACAAUAAUUCUGAGCUGUGUUAUCCUGGCAGUUUGUCUGGUGCAGCACGCAGGAGGUACUAGUAGCACGUCAACAAGUACGUCGACAACGACAACAACAACAACCACGGAAUCUUCCUCCGACACCACAACUACUGAAUCGUCUAGUGACACUACCAGCACCACUUCACGCUCCAGUUCCAGCUCUAGCUCUAGUUCUAGCGCUGCUGCCAAGGCUCUUCGGCGGUUGAGAAGGCAGCUGAGACGUCUGAGGCGUUUGCAACGUCUGAGGGCCGCCAGAGAGAAGAGGAAACUCCGCAGUCUCCGCAGGGCUCUCAUAAAGAAAAAGCGAGAAGACAGAGACUAG